UAUAAUUCCGCAUGUCCUCACCGCCCUCCCCGUGCCAUUCAGUCUUAUUGAGGACCUACUAUUGUGCAGUGCCUGUUUCUGCCUACUUGCCUUUCUCUUCGCCAGCUAUUUAAACCCGAGCGAAGCUGUCCUUCCUUAUGGAAAUUCUACGACUUCCACCUCAUCAUCUAUCGUAUCGCGCCUCGCUACCCAAAGGGUGACAGAACUCAGCGGCAUUCUCUGCCUGCAUCCAUCAGGCAGACUCAACAUUUAGACUUUUUUCUGCGUUUAUCCAUUUUCUAUCGCCAGAAGUAGAGAUACACAUCACACCAUGCACGAAGAUCUGCGAAGACGCGCUCUGGAGAGUGGCAAGACGGUGUCGGGCAAAGCUAGAUCGAAGCAAUCGUCGCGCGAAAGUUCCAAGGCCAAUUCGGCUGCAAACUCGCGAGCCGCAUCCCGUGUGGCCAGUCGAGACGUGUCGGACGAUGAAGAUGAUGGCAACGGCAAUCUCAGCGAUGAAACCACCCAAAGCAUCAACUCGAUUGACGCCCUUCUCGAAAGCGAUGACUUCAAUGAACAAACCACGGAUGUCAUGCGAUCACAAGUGACCGACGCAAUCGAUCAUCUGUUGGAGCGAAAGGGCAGCAGCAACAAGAGCCGGGAAGCGAACCUGACCACAUACGUACGAUGCUUGACUUGUCACUACCUCGCCGAAGUCCUCUACGGGCGAGUGCCUGAGGUGUUGAAUGCGUUGGAGCGGAGCAUCAAGGCAGAGUCCAGCGAAACCGAAACCACGCUCGCCCUUCGAGCAGCUGCUCUUACUGCCAUCACGUUUGAGCACGAGCGAGUCUAUGAGACGGUGGCCCCGGUAUUGAAGCGAAGCAUCUCCGACUCGCAAUCCAUGCCGAUCAAAGCUGCGGCCAUCCACUCGUUAGGGAUUUGCCUGUCAUUUGGAGGGGCUGGGGAGGACGAAAUCGCACAGGUCAUGACUUUUUUGCUUGAAAUCGCAUCCAGCGAUGGAAGAUUUAUUGAAGCGGAUGACAGUCCUGAAGUUGUGGCAGCAGCAAUGAAUACGUACGCAUUUCUAGCGACGCAAGUGGAGGACCUCGAGCACGAAUCGGAAGAUGCAGUGGCUGCAUUCCUCGAGCAGCUGGACGCGCAUGAUGUACGAGUUCAAGUUGCCGCAGGCGAGGCUAUUGCCCUGCUCUUUGAGAAGAGUUACACGCCGCGAGAAGACGAUGAAUCCAGCUCGGAUGAAGACGAAGAGACGACAUCAUCGGAUGGGGAGCCUGAUACAUCCGGUCUGGUCAAACGAUACAACGCGUACCACAACCCUCGCGAAGUUCUGGAGCAUGUCAAGGCACUGGCAUCGCUAAGCACCAAAUCCAUGAACCGACGGGACAAGAAGUUACUUCACCAAACGUUUGCGUGCGUGGUGUCGACUGUGGAGAACCCGAAACUGGGCUUGCAGACCAACAAUGCGUCGAAAAUGGUGGUUCGUGUGCAUCGCGAAGGAGAGAUGAGAGUGGACAAAUGGUGGAAGUUGAUGCGGCUGAAUGCAAUUCGAAGACUCUUGGGAGGCGGGUUCGUCAAUCACUACUUUGAAGGCAACAAACAAGUCCUCGAUGCUUUGCCAAUGAUCAUGCGGGCCACAGGAGAAGAGGGCAUGCGUAGCCCCCGAAGAGGCAUGGGUACAAAAGCGACCAAAGGACGGUAUCGGGACAGUCGACGAUUCAUCUCGGGCGAACUGUUAUCGCCAUGAUGGUCGGGGUGGGGGUGAAGGUGAAGGUGAGGGUGAUGGUGCAUGCUUGCUUCAUAUCAGAUCAUUUUGCAUCGCCGUACGGAGUACACGUCCAAGAUUUAUUGAUACGUUAGGUAUCUCGAUGCAUUCAUUCCAAGUUGGCAGAGACAGAUACUUUAGAUUACAAUGUCAUUAUCCGUACUGGUACAGAGUACUGGCGGGUGCUCACUAUCACACUAGAA